AUGGGUCACUACACCUCCUACGUACAUAAUCCCACGUCGGGCCAGUGGAAGGAGUACAACGACGACAGAGUCUACGAGUUGAAGGAAUCGGCAGCCUUGGGCGAACAAGCGGAGAAGAACGGAUAUCUGCUCUUCUACGUCCAUGACUCGGUACAACACCCAGCGCGGUCCCAGAAGGCGGCCACAAGCGAAGCUACGAUGGGCGCAGGCGUCGCGAAGAUCCGCAAAGGCAAGGAAAAGCAGGAAGCCGACGAAGAGGAAGAGAGGGAACGCGUGACGAUGGACGUCAUGACCAACAGCGUAGAGGAGAAGAAGGAGAAGAAAACGAAGAAGCCCUACAACUUCGACGACGCGAUGGACGCGUGCAGCAACGCGGCGGAGGACAGCGAUGACAUCCUCAAUCUCAGCUUCUUCGGCGAUCUGGCCAACAGCAGCACCAACGGUGCGGCUUCGGCGGAACCUCAUAAGCGCGACGAAGAGGAGCGCAAGACGACGCAAAGCCGAAGAGUAGAUGAAGAUGCGAGGGCGGCCACGCGAACGGUGACGGUGACGAAGCCCGCGAGGGAGGACGGGAGGACGAACGGCAAUCGGGAGGCCAAGGAGGACAGUGCUGAUGACGAAGAUGAAGAGCUCAAGCGGGCCAUCGCUCUGUCCCUCGCGGAAGCCACGGAGAAGGACGCGAAAGCGAAAGCGGAAGAGGAGGCAAAGAGGCGGAAGCGCGCCGACGAGCAGGAGCGUAAGGCGAGCGUUGCGGUUGGCGGCGGCGACGAAGAAGAGAGCGGGCUCGAGGACAAGAGAAAGCGGAGGAAGAGGCAAGCACCGUGA